UUACUGUGCAAUUGCUUUUCCUUCCUUCCUUCCUUCCUUACGCCAGACGCCAUCAUUCAUCAUCUGCAGCUUUAAUGCGCUCAGAAACACCGCAUCUCAAUCGGCUUGCUGACCCAACUAAUUUCCAACGAAGCAAGCAACCAAGAGAUGCUGUAAUGGAAGUCGGUCUUGAAGCAGACAAAAAAGCCCAGAGCCUUACUCCCUUUACCCUUUUCCUUUUUCUUUUCCCUUUAAUCCCUUUUAUCCUUGGUUAUAUGCUCCGUUACCCUCGCAACUCCUACCAGUAGCCACCUUUCUUCAUGCAGAGGAAGGAGAUACUUUGAACUGCUGCAUCUGUGUUCCGCUCCGGCAUUUGGAUUCAUGGCUGCGACGGUGCCGCCGGUGGCGCAUGUGUACUUUGGGAAGCCCAUGCUGCCGGAUGUGUCGAGGGUGCUUGCUUGCCUCUACGAGAAGGAUAUCGCCUUCGAGCUGGUGGACAUGUAUGAAGGCCACCGCAUGCCUGCAGACAUCCUCAAACUCCAGGCCACCAUGAGAGCUCCUGUCCCAGCCUUCAAAGACACAGACACAUUCUUACUAGAAUCCAGAGCCAUAUGUCGCUAUGUGUCAGAGAAGUAUGCAGAGCAUGGAAACAAGUACCUUCUCGGGAGGGAUCUACUCGACAGGGGAUCCAUCGAGCAAUGGCUGAAGACAGAGGAGCAGAGCUUCAACCCUCCGAGCUGGGCAUUAGUCUUCCACUUAGCAUUCGCCCCCCUGACAAAUGGCAAUGAACUGGAUCAAUCACUGGUCACCGAGAGCGAGAAGAUGCUGGGUAAUGUCCUGGAUGUGUAUGAGCAUAGGCUGAGAGAGAGCAAGUACCUUGCUGGCGAUGAAUUCACUCUGGCAGACCUGUCUCACCUCCCAAACACUCAUUACCUUGUCAACUCUAGGCAGUGGAACCACCUGUUUAAUUCGAGGAAGAACAUCCAGAGGUGGUGGGAGAAGAUCUCGAACAGGCCUUCGUGGACAAAGGUCGUGGCAAUGCUGAAUGAGGUUGAAACUCCAAAGUCAUCUGCUGCUGAAGAAGUUGCCACGGCUCGAGAGGCCAAAAUUAGUCAUCUUUCUCAAACUCCUGCAGCAGCUACAGCUUCUCAGACAAGUCCUCAAUCAACUCCAGUUGUUCCUCAAUCGACUCCUGAGGUCAAGACAAGUCCUCGGACAGCAGCUACAGCUUCUCAGGCAAGUCCUCAAUCAACUCCAGUUGUUCCUCGAUCGACUCCUGAGGUCAAGACUAGUCCUCAGACAGCAGCUACAGCUUCUCAGGCAAGUCCUCAAUCAACUCCAGCUGUUCCUCAAUCGACUCCUGAGGUCAAGACUAGUCCUCAGACGGCAGCUACAGCUUCCCAGGCAAGUCCUCAAUCAACUCCAGUUGUUCCUCAAUCGACUCCUGUGGUCAAGACUAGUCCUCAGACAGCAGCUACAGCUUCCCAGGCAAGUCCUCAAUCAACUCCAGUUGUUCCUCAAUCGACUCCUGAGGUCAAGACUAGUCCUCAGACAGCAGCUACAGCUUCUCAGGCAAGUCCUCAAUCAACUCCAGUUGUUCCUCAAUCGACCCCUGAGGUCAAGACUAGUCCUCAGACAGCAGCCACAGCUUCUCAGACUUCUCCCCGGACUGCUGCGCCAGAACCAAGUAGCAAGCCAUCACUUGAACAGAAAUCAUCCAAAUCAUCUGCUGACAAACCAGAUUCAGCUAUUGACCAACAGAGCUCACCAAAAGGUCCAACAUCCAAUCUAAUCUCUCAAUCAGAACCUGCUACACAGCCAACACCUCAAUCACAACAAGGUGAUUCAUCAACUGCUAAACCAACAUCUGUUACCACUCAGUCAAACCAAAAAACAGAUACUCCUAUUGAUAACUCUGCCCCCACAGGGACUUCAGAGACCAAAGCAACCAGCCAGCCAGAUUCAACUGCUUCAUCUACUGCAUCAGACAAACCUAAUUCCCAGCCAUCUGGUGAUAAACCAGCAUCCUAAAAGUACUCUAGUGGUAAUAUAAAUGAAAAAACAGAGUCUACACCUCAAUCUACUGUUUGCUAAGUGAAUCCAUACCACCCUGUAACUCAUCAGUCUCGAAGAUCCAAGUGGACGAGCUCCUGGUCAGAUGAUUUCCAGCAAAAUGCAGAUCCAAGCACUACAACGAAAUCUUUUUCUUGCACGCAGUCUCCUGCAGAUCCUGCCAAGAUAACGAAAGUAAUCGCUUACUUGACUCCAUCUUUUUGUCAAGACUUGCUUUUAGAGCUUCUCUUCCUGGAGUGAUUUAUUGUGGACAAUCGAGAACUUCUAUCUGUUCUUCUG